UCUACUGGUGAUAAGACUAUAUAUAUGUUGAAAAAGAUAUGCAGAGACAUCUAAUUAAGUUUUAACAUCGUUAUAAUUCCUUUGGAAACGAAGGGUUUAGAGUGAAACGUUCACCAUUUGGUAAUACAAACUACUUGCGUGACAGACAGGAGUCCUUAGUCCAGUUCCUAACUUUCUUUCCAGUCUUAUGACAGCGAUAGAGUCUGGAUGAGGGGUUCCAAGAAUCGAGCUUUGUUUGUAAGAAAUAGCUUCGUCCAUUUUACACAUUGCCAUCUUGUUUGAAUCUAUUCUCCAACACGUAUGGAACCAAAUAAGUCGGAAGGYGCGCAAACUUCAGAGAGAGGUUUUCACGAGGAAUUUCGUGAUCUCACCCGUUACAUUGAAUUCUUCAAAGACUGCUACGAGAAGUCCAGCAACUUAAUUUCACAAAUUGAAAGUGUGUUCAGAAAUGAUUUGAACCAGACUGGCCCUAGCGCAGGGUUUAUCACAAAAGAAGAAAAGGCUCAGCUUGAAGACUUUAUAACCAAACGAGCAUCAGUGUUAGUAGUUGGUCAGACAAACUCAGGCAAAAGUUCCUUGAUUAACGAACUAUUAGGUUCCUCCUACCUUCCGACUUCAGAGGUCCCUUGUACAUCGCGCAUUGUACGCAUUCGUUACAGCGAGAAGAAUUUUUUACAAGUGAAAGAUUGGACGGGUGAAACUAAGAUUCAAGCGACUGAAUUUAAAAAGAAUAUUCCUAAGGCUGAAAUUGCCCUUGAGGAUGACAGCAAACGAGGUGACAAGAAAUGGGCACGUUGCAUCGUUGAGGUUGGAUUAAACAACCCUCUUCUUCAAGGAGGGCACCUGGAGUUUAUUGAUGCUCCUGGUAUGAGUGAAAAUGAAGUACUUGAUUCAGUAGUGAACGAAUGUGUACAUGGGAUACUGCAGAUAUUGAUUUAUGUUAUUGAUGGAAAUUCUUCGCUUAGGACUCAGGAUCGUGAAUUUCUKUACAACCUUAAACAGAAAAUAGGAGGAAUUCCUAUAUUCUUUGUCUGCAACAAAGUGGAUUUCGACGAGCGGGCUGCCGAGUUUGACAGGGAUGAUGAUGAAGAUGAAAGCUAUCUGAACCUAGAAAACCAAAUGAAAAUAAUCAACGAGAAGAAAACUCGUAGCUAUUCUGCUUUAGUUCGCAGCCAUAUUAUCGAAAGAGAACUCGAUGAAGUCGAAAGCUGCGAUUUCUUUCAUGGCGUGUCCACAARAGAAGUGAAGAAAGCAAGAAGGAAGAAAACCUCAGAUGUACUUCAAGUGCACUCUGAUGCUUUYGAGAGGAUGAAGCAAUGCUUCCUUACGUUUGCUUCUGAGAGUGUAAUCAGACAUGUGAGCAAGGUUGCAAGAUUGUUGGGAGCGAUACAACAGCGCAUUUUCGACUUYUACAUCAGCCGGCAGCGUAACAACUUAAAAAUGCAUGAAAUUCACACAGUCAUACUUAGACUCGAAAAUAUAGAGACAAACUGUUUUGAAAAUAUGCAAAGAUAUGUGCUUGAAAACUGCGAGAAAAUUGAACGGAUUCUUGCAAACGCCAUCAGUGACAAGGAAGACGAAAUCCUUGUUGCAGCCGAGGACAUGGAAUUUGCGCCCAUUCCCAUCGCUGAUGUUGUACAUCGUAACGAGAUCAUCAACCAGUAUAAAGGGCAAAUACGAAAAAUGGUCCUUAUAGCCGCAUUGAACAUAUCUUUAAAAGCGGUUACCCAAACGGUACGUAUUGUGUCAUCCAACGUAAGGGAACAACUUCAUCGAUCUUUAAGAGACGCAUCCAAAAAGGCCGGUCUUACAGGAAAACUUGUGCAACAGCUGUUAAAACACGCCGAUGUUUUAACGACCGGUUAUUGUGUCAGCGACCUGAUUAACAUGGCUGUUGUCAAAGACUAUUCUUUGAUGAACCUGGUCUACAAAACACUUGAUCCUCCAAAAACCUUCAUCGCAGAUGUUAUGUCUGUCUUCAAGGGAACCACAGUUGACAAGCCAUGGAAACGCAAGAUUGCUAAGAAUGUUUUAGAUAAUGUUGAUCGCAGUAAAUUAAGAGAUCGAAUCAUCGGUGCGCUACUCGAUAUCUUGCACACCAGCCAUCAGUCAUUCAAAACCAACUUGAGAUGUAUUGAAGAGCUCUCUAAAAAAGCGCAAAGUCAAACCGAGCAACAGGAGGAAACAGUCAGUGAGUAUGGGCCAGCUUUUGCUAGAGUUAUGUGCCAUAAUGAUGCACUCUUAAACACUCUGGAAAAUCCCUGCUUCCGACUUGGAGACCAGAUCGGCCGAAUCGGAAAGCGAAGUACGGUGUAUGCUUGCUACAGCUCUAGAGGACGGUUCAGUGAGAUGAAACUUGUAGCAAAUCAGCCUCAUGAACAUGCGUCCAACUUGGUGGACUAUGCAAUUCAACACGCACUGAAGAGACUUGAYGAAAAACACUCAAAUGUYAUGUCUCCUGUGUCAAUAGUGUUGAUCGACAAUCAUAUGACACUUCUAUUACCAAGACUACAGACUGACCUGUACACCGCCUUGACGGAAACCUCAMWCAAAGCAAUAUCCACAUUGGCAAGGUUGACGAUCUUCAAAGGAAUGGUAGACGCUUGUAGAUUCUGCAGGGAGAAAGGUCUCCAGUUUAUCGACCCAAGGAUUACAAAUGUCAUGCUAGAUGAACGUCAUCAAGCUUUCUUGAACAUUUGUAAACCACGUGACGACAGCAUCUGUUACCCAGACGACCUUGCUCCMUUCCACGUAUCUGCCGCACCACCACCUCUCAUCCAUACUUCKGAAACGGUGCUGCAAUUUGCCCUUCAGCACGAUGUAUACGCCCUAGGAAUCAUGGGAUGGCUGCUCGCUUUAGGGGAGUACAAAAGACCCGCCUACGCUAACACYGCCGACGUGACUGAGAUUUACAARGCRGCAGGUCGAAAAGCCUUCCCAGAMAUGGAUCUAAUCCCACCCGAACUCGAUAAGGAAGGUUUUGGCGAUCUCAUUUCCGACUGUCUCGGAGAAGCAUGUUCCAUAUGGAUGUUGCAAGAGAAACUCUUAGAAAUCAUGACAAAUCAUGAGAAAGAUGGUGAAUCAGAAAUUUUAGAUACCUAUGUAAUGAUGGCCACCGCUUCGAUCCAGUCGUURCAGACUGCUGUGACGAACUACGAAGUYCACAUCAAACAGAUCUCUGAGCUUCACCAACAAACGCAACAAUGUCUGGACGAGAUUCAAGAUCUCAUCAAUGUAGAGGAACAGACUCCCUUUCAUUUGCAGAAUUUGCCUCAGUUCGACUUUGCGAAACGGCUACCUUGUGUGCUUUUCAUUGGUAGUCAAAAUUGUGGUAAAAGUACUUUACUGAAUGUAUUCCUUGAGAGAGCAAAACUACUUCCAGUUCACGARACACCCUGUACGUGUCGAAUAGUACGUGUUCUUUACAGCAAGACAAACUAUGCAAGGGUUAUAGAUACAGAUAGAAAUGAGCUGGACUGGAAAGAAUUCAGAAAGAACGUCCCGAGGAAGUUUGUCGUCCUAAGAGAUGCACAGCGUGAAGAAGGAACUCAUCUUCAAUGUAUCGUAGAAGUUGGACUGAACCAUCCUUUGUUGGAGUGUGGAAUCGAGUUGAUUGAUUCACCAGGUCGYAAUGAGAAUGCAGCACUUGAUCAUGUUGUAGAAGAGUUUGUAGAGAAGGGAGUUGUGCCUCUUAUUGUCUAUGUUAUAGAUGGGAACAGUCAUAUUCGAAAAAAGGAUCGCGAAACUAUUCGUGAUUUACAAGACAAGUUUCCCAAUGUGUCCCAGGUAUUUGUUUGCAGUAAAGUAGACAAAGUCAAAAACGCUGAUUUAAAUGACAAUAAAGAUGAACAAGACGUCGACGAAGACAUGACAGACUACAAGGACCCAAGUCAAGAAUUAAUUGAGCUUGCCAUGGAAAAAAAGAAAGAAGUCUUUCGUCAGCUCAAAGAGGCAUCUUUCUUAGGUUCAGAAGACGACUUAGAUUCCUCGCUUAAUUUUCAUGGAGUUUCUGCGAGAAAUGUGGAGAGAGCUCGCAGGAAAUGUAGACAGAAYCACGACACUCGGUGCUUUGAUCGCUUUCAGUGCGCAAUUUUGCAAAAACUAGAGAAUGCCCUCAAGAAAGACAGCAAAAAAGCACUGAACAAUUUGUUAUCRGCGCAAGAAAUGAUUUUACUCUCGGCUGUAAAUACGAGAAAAUCUCUUUCUCAUACAGCUAACGUAAUUCCAACGGUAUGUGACCAAGCUCUGAAGACAGAGCUGUCAAUUUUUCAAACAACUUUGCAAUUAAGUUUCAAAAGCCUCGAGAUUAAGGAAACAAUUCGUCGCAAUUUGGAGCAGUUAUCUGCAGAUUUUAUGGAUGAAGGUGAGCACUAUCAACUUGCAGACAAAGGAACUGUGAUGAAAGAAUAUAAAACAAUCACGGAAAGCGCUAAGAUUGACCCAGAAUUGUUAAAGCAAGUCCGUGUCGAAGAAUUACUAGUARUGGAGUUCACCRGCUUCAUCAAAGGAGCUAUACUUGACAAAACUUUCAAUGUGUUGAAGGUUACCAUCCAUGGUGUAUUACGAGAGGGACUCUCUCAAGCAGUCGGAGAGUUGAUUAAACUUACGCAAUCUGUAAGGAAUCCUCUGAUUGGACGACUUGUCAAAAGGAUUUUUGGUGCUUCAUCAGAAUCUCAAGAAGACGUUAAUAGCUUCCUUAAACUGCACAUGAUCCUGGACGGCUUGCUAGACUCGGUAGACGGGGCUGUUAAUUCAACACUUCGACGAGAAAUCUCAGGACCUCUCAGUGAGUUCAGUGUGAGUGAUGUAGGAAAUAACCCAAGGCCCCGGGACAUGCACUGGCGACGAAAAGUCGUACAGACAUUAUUGUCGAAGCUGGAYUAUGGCCAUGUUGCAGACAGAGUGAUCSAAACUUGCGACGAGUCGCUUCUCAAGCUACAUAAGCUCUUCCGUGAGACCGUAGAAAGCUAUCGUGCUCUCAAUACAAUCCUAGAGAGUGAUAAACUGACAUUGACAGUCGAAAAGCUGCGAUCAAAUUAUGUACCACGAGUGGCCGAGUUAGCAGUCAGAGGACAUGCUAUUCGGUACGCUAUCGAGCGUGGACCACCUAUACUCGGAGAGCACAUUCAAUCAACUGCGCAUGGUCGCAUCCUGUCGUGUUCCAGUCGGCAAUGGUUCUGUGGCAAGGACGAAGCUGUAGUUAAAGUUUUUACGAAGUCAGAAGUUGGUCCAGACGUCUGGCAUCAAACCAUGAUAGAUUGCUUGCAUUCAUUGGAUGUCAAUGAAAAGCUUGGCCGAUGCUGCRCCAAUCAUCUACAGCUAUUUGGAUGGUAUUUUCCAGAUCCUGACCAAUUCUACAUUGUGAUGGAGAAAGCACAAUGCGACUUGUUAACGGCGUUGARAGGAGGGCUUUCCUGGGAAAGACGGAAGAUAGUGGCCGUGGAUGUAGCAAAAGGAUUGGAAGCGUUGCAUGAUGUAGAAUAUGUGUAUCAAGAUCUCAAGCCUCAGAAUGUCAUGCUAACUGCCGAUGGAACGGCUAAACUUAACCUCGCUAAACCCGAAAAGCCAUUUGAAAAAACACAGUUAGGAUUGCCCUUCCACAUUUCACCGGACAUGUACAAAGACCAUSGCAAAGACCGCUCCAAGARCACUUUUGACAUCUACGCCUUUGGUUCGUUGUUGUGGGUAUUGUGUGAGGGGUCUGGAACUAAUCAACCCAAGGUCUACUCGCACUGUCAAGACAAAGAAGCCAUCAAGUUCGCAAUAUGUGACAAUGGAAUCAAACCCGAACGGCCGYCUGGAACCCCGAAUGCAUGGUGGGAUUUGAUGAGUGCUUGUUGGGCCCUUAAGUUCAACAUCAAAAGUUUACUUGAGAAGCUACGCAACCUUGACACACCUAACUAAUGUGUAAUUGUAUCGUACAAUACAUAAUUACUUUUCAAAGAUUUUUACUGAUGGUUGAGCUGCCUGUGCCAACCAAAGACGAUCKCGUGAACGAGAGAAUAGGUUGGGUGGCUGACAUGUGUGUAGUAACAGUGUCGCUUUUGACUAUUCAUAUCGUCUUCUGUGUUAAAGCAUCAAAAAUCUCGUUUGAAAUUAAUAUUUCAGUCUGAAGUUGAUUACAGCAUUUGUAAGAUAUACAAGACAUAAAACCAAUGCUCAUUUUGAUUGUUGAAUAAUUUAAUAGAACCAACUUAGAUGUGUUUGAAAUGAUAACUAUGUAUAAAUGGCAUGCAAUCUAUGAUUCUACUAACGAUUUCCAUGACAUGAAAGGUAUUAUGUAUAUAUAUAUAUAAUAUAUGUAUCAAGAAUAUUGUACAAGGAAACAAAAUUGUAGAAUCUUCUGUAAACUACAUUGGUAAUGAUCGACUGAUGAAACACAUUGCUCUUUCCUUGGCAAGAAAUCUAGUCUUCUUUUAUAAAUCACAGGAAGCCCAAUCUAGUUGUGGGGUGUGKGGGAAAGAUUAGCUAAAAAAACAUCAAUUCAGACUGAAAUCACUACCAGAGAUCUCAACAAAAUUUCAAUAAACAACCAAUGAAAGGUAGAAUAUAUUUUCUUUAUUUUUCACCAAGAUACAGAUAAUAGAAWUGUUACCCUUGAUUUUAGAGAUCGGGCUUCCUGUUGAUAAAUUUGAAGAAAAAAUACUAAAUAUAAUCGACAAGGCCAAGUUGGACUGAAAACUACUGUAACCUUAAGGAAAUAUAAAUCUGUACGUAAAUAUAGAAGCAGAUUAAUGAUAUACACAAACAAUGAAUGCAUUUUUGGUUUGGUAAGCCUA